AAAAGUUGCUGCGAGCGGAGAGCGGCGGCUGCGGGCCCGGCCGGACCAUGGACGACCUGGAUGCUUUGCUAGCGGACCUGGAGUCUACCACCUCUCACAUCUCCAAACGGCCAGUGUUCUUGUCGGAGGAAACACCCUAUUCCUAUCCAACUGGAAACCAUACAUACCAGGAGAUCCCAGUGCCCCCACCUGUGCCACCCCCUCCUUCCAGCGAAGCCCUGAAUGGGACUGUGAUUGACCCUUUAGACCAGUGGCAACCCAGUGUCUCCCGAUACAUCCACCAGCAAUCCCAGUCUCCUGUGUACAGCUCCAGUGCCAAAAGUUCCAGUGCCUCCGUUCCCCGAGAGAGUGUCUGCUCUUCUUCCUCACGUGCCAGUGAAGAGGAGCACGUCUACAGUUUCCCCAACAAGCAGAAGUCUGCAGAACCAUCUCCCACCAUGAUGAGCUCUUCAUUGGGCAGCAACCUGUCAGAACUGGACCGACUACUCCUAGAACUGAACGCUGUUCAGCACAAUCCCCCUAGUGGCUUCCCAACAGAUGAAGCCAGCAGGAGCCCCUCCCUGCCCAGUGGGACUGGACCUCACUAUGUUGUUCCAGAGAGCACUAGCUCUUUGGGGGUGAAGGCAGCACCCCCUACAAAAGAGAAGCCAAAGCGGAACGGAGGGCGUGGGAUUGAGGAUGUGCGUCCCAGUGUGGAGAGCCUUUUGGAUGAACUGGAGAGCUCUGUGCCAAGUCCAGUCCCUGCCAUCACUGUGAACCAGGGUGAGGUGAGCAGCCCACAGCGAGUCACCUCCAGCCAGCAGCAGACUCGCAUAUCUGCUUCUUCAGCCACAAGAGAACUGGAUGAGCUGAUGGCAUCUCUCUCUGACUUCAAGUUCAUGGCCCAGGGGAAAGUUGGGGGCAGCUCCCCUCCGUCUGCACCCCCAAAACCUGGCAGCCAGUUGGACAGUAUGUUGGGAAGCCUCCAGUCUGACCUGAACAAACUGGGAGUAGCUACCGUUGCCAAAGGUGUUUGUGGAGCCUGCAAGAAACCAAUUGCUGGACAGGUUGUCACAGCCAUGGGGAAAACCUGGCACCCAGAGCACUUCGUUUGCACCCACUGCCAGGAGGAAAUUGGGUCACGCAACUUUUUUGAACGCGAUGGUCAGCCCUACUGUGAGAAGGACUAUCAUAAUCUCUUCUCCCCUCGCUGCUACUACUGCAACGGGCCCAUCCUCGACAAAGUGGUGACAGCCCUGGACAGGACAUGGCACCCAGAACACUUCUUUUGUGCGCAGUGUGGCGCUUUCUUUGGACCUGAAGGGUUUCAUGAGAAGGACGGCAAAGCCUAUUGCCGCAAGGAUUACUUCGACAUGUUCGCUCCGAAGUGUGGGGGCUGCGCCCGGGCCAUCCUGGAAAAUUACAUCUCUGCCUUGAAUACCCUGUGGCACCCUGAGUGCUUUGUCUGUCGGGAAUGUUUCACGCCGUUCAUCAACGGCAGCUUCUUUGAGCAUGAUGGGCAGCCCUACUGUGAGGUGCAUUAUCAUGAACGCCGCGGCUCGCUGUGUUCCGGCUGCCAGAAGCCCAUCACGGGACGCUGCAUCACCGCCAUGGCCAAGAAAUUUCAUCCAGAACACUUUGUCUGUGCCUUCUGCCUCAAGCAGCUCAACAAAGGAACCUUCAAGGAACAGAAUGACAAGCCCUACUGUCAGAACUGCUUCCUCAAACUCUUCUGCUAG